CCAUCUUUCUCUCCGGCAAAUUUGCGCGCUGUGAGUUCAGCUGUGCAGAUGCUUCUUACCUGAACUUUUCCGUAGAUACGGAUUUUGAAGAGAUACACAUAUACUGUACCUUUUCGUGAAAGGCAGUGGCUUUUAAUACCGACAAUGGGAGACGACGCAGACUCCCCUCCCGAGAGGGAAAUGAAGGAUUUUCAGUUUCGACAGAUGAAAAAAGUACGCGUUUUUGAGCCUGCUGAAGAUUUGCCUAAAGACAGGUCCAGUCUGCUCGCUGUCUCAAACAAAUAUGGUUUAACGUUUGUGGGCCAGGACCGAACCUUCAAGGUAUACUUAACCCAAAAUAUUCUUGCUGCUGAUAAAGCCGAUGGGAGCUCCUAUGAAGUAGUAAAAGGGAUACCGGCACUGGCGGAGGUGACUGGGGAGCUGUCUUUGCACCACUUGGCUCUGAGUUGUGAUGAACUCACGUUGUCAGUUUGUGGCACAUCUGGGGAGACCGGUUUGUGCAUCACGUUUUAUGACGUCCGAACAUUCGUAAACAAGGCCCGACUGCAUAAGUCACCAUUCGCGUCGCUGCAGCCAGCUGUGGCCUCUGAUACUUUGGUUCAGGACCUGAAGUGGAACCCCGCUCAGCCUUCAAUGUUGGCCGCCUGCUUGUCUGACGGCAGCAUGAUGAUUCUUGAGGUCACAGACAAUGUCAAGAUGACAGCCCAGCUACCUGCUACCAGCGGGAUCACCUGCAUUGGCUGGAGUCCAAAAGGAAAACAGGUCGCUGUGGGAAAGAUGAAUGCAACAGUCUGUCAGUAUACACCAGCUCUUGAAGAAAAGAAAGUCAUCCCAUGUCCGCCUUUCUACACCUCUGAUGACCCAGUCAAAGCUCUGGACGUGCUGUGGCUGAGAACACCUGUGUUCGCUGUGGCCUAUGCUGCGGCAGACGGGAGUCUUGAGACCCCCCCUGAGCUGGUGCUGAUCUCCCUCCCUAAAAAGGAUGAGAAGGUGGAGCCCAAGUAUCUGAACUUCGGUGAGAGUGUUUAUGGCAGCUGUACAGAGCGACAGCAUCACUACUUCCUCAGUCACAUAGAAGACUGGGGUCUUGUUUUAGCUGCAUCAGCAGCGUCUAUUGAGGUCAGCGUCACUGCAAGACAGGAUGACAAGAUGUGGGAGGUUUGGCUCCUAGAAGAUGCUAGUAGAGCAGAACUUCCAGUGACAGAGACAAAUGACGACACUCUGCCCCUUGGCUUAGCUAUAGACUACACAAGCCAGCAAGAGAUCCAAAUCAGUGAGGAGAAGACCUUGCCUCCAGCCCCCACAAUGCUAAUGCUGUCCACAGAGGGACUAAUUUGCCCGUUUGCUCUUCUCAACCUGAAUCCUGGGGUCAAGCAGCUUGUCUCACCACCUGCUACCAUCGCCCUGGAAGGAGAGAGACAGCCACAGCCAGGUUCCUUUGCUGCCCAACCCGCCAAACCCGCUCCCUCGGUCGUCUCUGCUGCUGCAUCUUUCCCAAACAUCGCUCCUACAUCGCUCUCUUCCUCUUCAUCUGCUCCUCCUGCCGCCCCUUCCUCCUCCGUCCCAUUCAGCUUUGUCGCUGCGACUCCCGUUUCCUCGUCUUCGUCGGGAUUUUCCUUCACGGUUCCGACCACUUAUUCCACCACCUCGACCACACCGGCGUUCUCCAUCGGGGGUUCUGGACCUUUUGGCUCAGCAUCCUCAAGCUUUUCUUUUGCUUCCAAGCCCCCCUCUGAAACUCCCUCUGCUCCUUCAGCGUUUUCAUUCAGCAGCCCCUCCAUUAAGCCCGCAGCAGUACCAGCCCUGACUCCGACUCCGACUCCAGCGCCAACCCCUCAGAGCCUCCCCCCUGCCUCCCUUCCUACUGUCAAAUUAAAUCUAAACGACAGAUUUUCAUCAGUGGAGAGUCCAGCACCGAAUUUCUCCUUUAAUUCCUCGCUGCCCAAAGUGUCUGUUUCCAGUGCCGGGACAGCAGGCACCCUUUCACUGCCAGCCACUAAGCCUCCAGUUGUAUUAACCCCAGUGCGCCCAGUUCAGACGGGCACACCUCCCACCGCUGUCCAGAAACCCGCUCCCGCUACGGGUCGGGCCCAACCUCCCCAGGCAACUGUUAGCAUGAAGAGCCUGGAGAAACAGCUACAGCAGAAGAAGGAGUCUGAUCCUAUUAUGACUGGUAUUCUGGAGGAGAUUGCACACUUUCAGAUGGAGUUGGAUGACCUUAAGGCACGCAGCGCCAAGGCCGACUUUAAGGUUGGUACUAACGACGAGAUGAAGGAGCUGAGAAAGGAGUCGGAGGACCUCCACAUCUUCACCCUGGAAAUAAAGGAAACUACAGAGUCUCUCCACGGGGACAUUGGCACCCUGAAGACCACUUUACUGGAGGGUUUUGCCGGGGCGGAGGAAGCCAAAACGCAGAGCGAGCUGAGCAAAGACAAAAACUACAGGCAGCUGCUGUACAAAAAACCCCUGGAUCCUCGCAGCGAAGCACAGCUCAAGGAGAUCCGUAGACUUUACCAGUACGUCACAUUUGCUGUGGAAGAUGUUAAUGACGUGUUGGAUGUGGAAUGGGAAAAACACAUGGAGAAGAAGAAGAAGCAGAAACACAUGGUUGUUCCCGGGCGUGAGGGCCUGUUCGCCACACUGACCAACAACCUGUGCAUCAUCAACCAGCAAAAGAACCGACUGGACCAGCUUAUCCGCGAACUCACGUCUCUGCGCCUUUACAGUAAAAAUGCAGCGCCUGCUAUUAACCAGAACGUUACAACUGGAACUACAGAUGGUUUGGAAAGUGAGCUUGAGAGUUUAAAGGAUGCCCUCCUGAAAGCCAGGCUGGAUGUCACUCCUCCUAAGGCCAAAGCCAAAUCUCCAGCCGCCAAGAUAUCACCAGUUAAACAGUCUCAACUUCGCAAUUUCCUCUCAAAGGGACAGAUGCCUCCUGUGCGCUCGACUGCACCAGCCAAUCUGUCUCGCUCCGCGUUCCUUUCCCCGAAAUACUACGAGGACCUGGAUGACGCCAGCUCCAAGUCGUCCCUGUCCCAGUCCUUGGAGCCUCACCCAUCUCACUUGGACCAGGAAGAGGAAGAACUACAGCCUCUACAGCUCCCAACCGUGACAGCGCUAGCCACUCCUCGCCACCCCACAGUUGUGAGGACCCCGUCUAUCCAACCAGGCUUUGGAGGCAUUCAGUCCACCCCUCUACCUAAAAUCCACUCGGCACCAACUCUGGGAUUUGGACUCAGCCCUAUUCCCAGUCCUGUUCCAACCAAUAAGAUCAAUCUCAGCGGGGCUGAAAGCACUGCUCUUGCCACAAAGACGGUAAAACAUGGCGCUCCUCCGACAGAGAGAACCGUUGCUGUCAUGUCUGCCCAGCAGGCUGCAGCCAAUGCAGCUAUGCGCCGACAAAUGGCAACUCAGAAGCCAGCUCCCGUUAGCGGUUCGUUGACAGAGUCCACCUUAAAGACCGUCCCUCAGGUGGUCAAUGUUCAGGAGCUGAAGGAAAAGGGGCCGCCUGUUCCCGUUUCUUCUGUCAUCAGCUCCUCGGUACCGGAUCUCACAAAUCAGGCUUUUACCAGCCAGGUCAAACGAACGACCACCCCAAAGAUCCCAACAAUGUCUACUGAAAGUACAUCCGGUCUGCAGCAAGGCUUUGUUUUUAGUCCCCCAUCCAAAACAGAUGUUUCUGUGGUUCGUACCGGUUCUGUGGAGCAAAGCAACAACAAGCCAUUCUCCUUCACACCAGGGUCAACGGGUUUUAGUUUUGCUUCUGUCUCGGAAGAAGCCGGAAUGCCAAAAGCAGUUAAGGACGUCAGUAAAUUCUCUUUUGGCGGAAAUGGCAAGGUGUUGUUUGGUCAGACAGCAGAGGAGCCGUUCUCUCUAACCCCGAAGUCCGCGGCCUCUGGUAUUGCCACCGGGUCUCCGCAGCUGACUCUAAGCACGUCGGGGGAAGCAGCCAAACACAGCUCCCUCUCCACAGCCUUCAGGACUGAGCCGCAGCCGCCGCCCAAGACCGCUGGAGGAGAAACUCUCGGCAGUUUCUCUGGACUGCGCGUCUGCCAAGGAGAAGAAGUCAAAGACCCUGUAACGAAGCCGGCGGCUGCAUUUACCUUUGGAGAGGCAGGGCUUGGCAUUGGCAAGGGAGUACAAUCCUUCAGCUUUGGGUCAGGUCUCCAAAAGCCUUCUGAAGAUUCUGCAGCCACAGAUUUGUCUAAGGGAGCUUCAUCGAGCAGUUUGUUCAAGCCUCCUGAGACAAACGCCAAGCCGGCCUUCUCUCUCCCCCCGUCCAGCGCCGCACCCUCAGCUUUGCCGACAUCUUUCAGUAGCCUUCUUGUAGGUUCCUCAGAGGAAUCAAAAGCUCCCCCACAGCUCCCAGAAGCUACCCCACCCAACGAAAAAGAACCAGCCGCUGCUGAACCAGCUGGGGAAAGCGCCAGUCCGUCUCUGGCUCCUGAGCCCGCACUGGAUUCUUCAUCCACUCCAAAGGUCACACCCGCACCCCCUUCGGUGACGCCUGCCGCUACCCAAGAUCUUCCUUCUACCGGUGUCGCACCUGCUGAAGCAACCCCUCCACCGACGUCCAGCGGGCCUUCCACGACAGAAGCCACCCCAGACCCCCUACCCGCUCCUCCGGUUGUUUCCACUCCAGCCGCUCCCAACGCCGCCGCCGCCGCCUCCCAGGGACCCCCGCCAGCGUUCCAGGUGCCAUCUUCUGAAAAACCAGGCUCCAUUUUUACGCAGCCCGCCCCAGCAACGACCGACAGCAGCUCCAUUGGCGCCAUACCAGUUAUCAACACAGUUGCUCCCACCACCACCACCCCUGCAACCGUUACCACCGCACCGACCACCGCCGCCAACGCUGUGUUCGGGCAACCCGCGGCGCCGCUCGCCUCCUCAGCCCCCACAGCACCAGGAUUUGGCUCGCCCGGGUUUGGUACUGCCGCCGGAGCAGGCUUUAACAAAUCCGUGUUCGGCCAGAUGGGUGGCUUUGGCCAACCUGCUAGCAGCGCCGGGUCAUCCAGCGGCUUUUCUUUUACCCAGUCGGCAUUUGGAGCAAAUCCUAGCAGUGCAACAACCGGGGGAGCAAGUCUUUUCGGGGCGUCUACUGCCAGCAGUGCUAGUUCGUUCUCAUUUGGCGGUGGGAGCGCCAACACAGCCAGCUGCACCGGGUCGGGGCUGUUCGGACAGAGCACGCCUCCCACGUUCGGUCAGAGCGCCGGAUUUGGGUCGCCAUCGGUGUUUGGCAGCAACACCACCACAUCCUCGUCUUCAGGAUUCAGCUUUGGUCAGCCUUCAGGAUUUGGUUGCUCCACUGCCGCCCCUGUAUUUGGCCAACAGUCUUCAAGCGGCAGUGUGUUUGGACAGUCAUCAUCCGGCACUGGGUUGUUUGGCUCAAACACAGCCAACACAGCAGGUUCAUCCUCUGGAGGAUUCUUCAGCGGUCUCGGGGGCAAACCAAGCGAGGAUGCGACCAACAAGAACCCGUUCGGUACCACUGUUUCAACUGGAGGGUUUGGACAGGCCGCUCAGCCUGGCUCCACCAGUCUCUUUGGGAAUAGUGGUGCGAAGACCUUUGGGUUCAACCAGUCCGCCUUUGGGGAGCAGAAACCCAGCGGGACCUUCACCACCGGUGCAGGGAGUGUUGCAGCCCAGGGCUUCGGCUCCUUCUCUUCACCAACAAAGCCAGGUGGCUUUGGCAGCGCUCCGGUGUUCGGGAGUCCCCCUUCCUUUGGUGGUUCCCCAGCGUUUGGUGGCACGGCAUCGUUUGGCUCCACCGCCUCCUUCAGCAGUCCCAUGACCUCCUCCACCGGUAAAGUGUUCGGAGAGGGAACAGCUGCUGCAAACAUGGGAGGAUUUGGGUUCUCUUCACCUCCCAGUGGCCCUUCCUUUGGCGCUCUGGCCACUCAGGCUGCUCCUACAUUUGGGAGCUUGGCCCAGCAGGGCUCUGCAUUUGGAAGUCAGCCCAGCAGCUUCUCAGGCUUUGGACAGCAGCCACAGACUGGAGGAUUCGCGGGGAACACAUUCGGCUCUGCAAGCCAGUCAAGCUCUCAAACAUUUUCCAGCUGGAGAAGCUAGUGUUCCUUAAAACUUGGAGAGAAACUGGACGACGUUUCAGUAACGAUCUGUUCUGUACGCCACAAUUUCUUUUUUUUUUACAGAAAUAAAAUUUAACUUUUAUAGAGAGCAGCUGAUUAUCUAGAUGUGCUACGUUUCUGUAAAGCACUUUGUGAACUCGGUUUAUUCAUAGGACGGCAGAGUUUGUACAAGCAGAAGAGACUAUGUACGAUACGUUGCUCAGAGAAUUACUGCUUUUAACAUUUUCUGUGGCUAAUUUUAAGAUAUUUUUGUACUCAAACAAAUACAGUAGUAGAAAAACAUCCAAGCUUUACUUGUGAAUAUGUUGAAUUUCAGUGAUGUGAACACAACUGUUUGCAACAUUUCAGGAAUCAACCGGAACAGCCUUCAGCUUGAUAUUCUUUGAGUUACGGCAUUGAUGGGUCUUUUUAAAUUAGGUGGGUCUUAUUAAAGUCAAGCAAGACACUUUUCUUUUCUUUUUCUUUUUUUUUUUUUUCUUUAGAACAAGGACAAAAAUUGUCCGUCAAUCUGUUUUUGCUAACAUCUCCCGUUGAUGUAUUUUUUUACAUGGAAAAGGAAAAAUAAACUUGUUUAAAUAAUUUGAAUUUCUUUACAUUAUUUAAAAAAACAAAAACAAAUCGGGACUCAAGGCUAAAAGUUGUUUCAUGAGGUUUACAUAAAAUGGUCAUUUUCAGGGUUCCUAUACAGUCUGGGAAAAGUAUAGAUUGAAGGAUAUUUCUAGAUAUGGUUAAAAGUAAGAGAAGGAAAAAAACAUUCAAUCCUUAUUUUAAUUUUUGCUAAUUUUUUUUCCACAUUCAAAUUUGAACUUUGCAGAAAUAUAUUUUGUAAAUUCAUAAAUUAAAAGAUGUACUUGAAAGAUUAAAAAAGGUUACAUUUUGGCAUGUAUAGUUUAAAAACUUGCUAACUGAAAUAUUUAAUUCAGAAUAAAUGUGUAGGAGCCCUGCAUUUACCUUCUACCAAAUCCUGUGAAAUAUUAUCUAAGGUAUGAAGACUAUUUAUUUUGACCUGUAAAUUUAAGUGUAAACCAAAUCUGUGCAAGUCUUCUUGAAUAAAACAGCUUUUAGAAUAAAAUCUCUGUGGGCAA